GAAGUUCCGUAGUGCGUGCGCAACUCCGCAUACACCUACCAAUCGCGUGGCUUCGUGGAAAACAUAAACAGUUGAGAGCCGCCGAUAACUUACGGUUGGCUGCUAACUUCGAAGCUUUUUCUCAAGGCACAAAUACUAUAAAAAUGGACGUGGCCGUUAGCAAGUGAAGUGUGUAACAGUAGUGUUAGCCUAGCAUGCUUGCAACGCUCGUUAUUCAGGGUGUUACUCAGGUCUAAUACGCGUUAGCACGCGUGAGCACUGUUUGAUUCUGUUCUGUAAAGCGACAGCGGCGACUUGAAACAAGUUUUAUUUUGGAAAGUCAGUCCGUAACGCUCGUCCCGCAGUUCUGUGACUAAGAGACGGAUGCGCUGCACACGAUAAUGGAAGUGGCUGUUAAGGGAAAAGCCAAAAGGAGGCACCUAAACGCAGGGGAGUGUGACGACUUGGGGCAAAGUGCAGAGGGCUCUAAUACCCUCACCCAACCCCACACCGUCAACCACCUGCCGGUCACUCGCAACCCCAAACGGGGGCUGUAUCCCAGGACACCCACCAAACGACGGAAGUGUGCAUCUGCCUCAGGAAGUCCCGCCGGGCAACAGAAGGGCAUCGACAACUUCUUCUCUGUGACAGGAGUCAUCAGUUGCAGUCCGCACAAAUCCCCCCAGCCCGGCUCGUCCACACGAACAAAUAGACUCAACGGAAAGCUUUUUCCUGAUGAAGAGCCGGGGGUUAUGAAGGAGGAGGAGGAGGAGGAGGAUGACAACGAUGUCAGCCUGUUAGCUGCCCCGUUGGCAGCAAACCCUGAAGAAGAAGAGGAGGAGGAGGUUGACGAUGUAAGCCUUUUAGCUGCAGAGUUGGUGCCAAAGGAGGAGGAGGACGACGACGCUGUGGAUCAUCUGGAGGGAAUUACAGCAGAGAUGUUUGGAGAUGAUGAAUUUGACCGAUGUGACCUUCAUGACAUGGAAGACGAAGUGGAGGCCCUGCCUGACACCCACUAUGGGCUCCUGGGUAGCAGGAAAGUCUUGCUUGAGCCCCAGGGCUGCAUGGAUGAUCUUCCAGAGGAGGUGCUGAGGCAAAUACUGUGCCUCGUCCUGGCCCAGGACCUCUACCGCAGUGUCAGCCGUGUCUGCCAUCACUGGAGGAACAUCGUCCAGGACACAAAGUUCGUUCCCUUCAAGAAAAAAUACUUCCGCUACAUGAUGAGGGAGAAGGAAACGGUGCGGGAGAUCUGCUCCACCCUGAGGAACAGCGGCAUCACAGAUCCAGCAUCAUCACAGCACAGCAUACGAUACCUUGUUAUUUUAAUGUCCCAGCAUACGGCCGGAGAGCGGGCGAGGCCGGAGGACGUUCUGGAGCGUGUCAAGAAACAUCGCCUUUUUCCUCAGGCCGAAGCCUCCAUCAGAUUACGUAUUCCUGAUAUUCAGAAGUUGUACAACCUUGGGAAUGAGGGUCCCAACCCGUACGCGGCCAUGACGGUCAUAUUGAUCCUGAGUGAGGGCGUCGGUGACGUGCAGGCUUUGGUGUCUCUGCUCACCGGCUGCCUGUCGAACACAGCCAUCACCGAGUACCUCAGCCACAUGGCCACAAUGUUUCUCGCCUUAAAGAGGAGCAACAUCAAGAUUAGUAGCCGGUUGCAUUACAACAUCUACUACAUACUUCACUUGAUGGCGAAUGGACCCUUUUCUGUGCACUCCAGUCAGAAUCAGCGGCCUCAGAUUCAGCUCACAGGAGAACAGCAGCAGAUCCUCAGCCACGACGUCCAGGUGGACCAUGUGGUCAAGAUCGUGGCGUUUGCAGGUACAGGGAAGACGACCGCGUUGGUGAAGUACGCCGAGCAGCGGCCACACCUCCGCUUCCUGUAUGUUGCCUUCAACAAGUCAGUGGCCAGUGAGGCGCAGCGCCGUUUCCCCAGCAACGUGGCCUGCAAGACCGUCCACUCGUUGGCCUUCGCCGACGUUGGGAGGAGGUACCAUUUUCGUCGGAAGCUGACCAGUAACUUGAAGCCAUUCGCCAUCAGCUCUGUUCUGCCACAUGGCCGCGGCGGCUACGCCAGGGCCAAGGUGGUCACCUCGACUCUCAACGCCUUCAUGGCUUCACCGGACGAGGUCAUCUCCCUCGAACACGUUCCCCACUUCCGCAAGGACGAGCGCAGAGAGACGGACAUUAUACUGAAGCCUGACAGGGAGCUUAUUGCGCUUGAAGCGCAGAAGAUCUGGAGCAAAAUGAGCGAACUCAAUGAAACCAAAAUCGACGCCUACUACAUGACCCACGAUGGUUACCUGAAGUUAUGGCAGCUCCAAGUCCCCAAGCCCUGCUUGUCCCACAAAUACGACGUCCUUUUCAUUGACGAGGCCCAGGACUGCACUCCGGUCAUCUUGGAUGUGCUUCUGUCACAGAGAUGUGGGAAAAUCCUGGUCGGAGAUCCUCAUCAGCAGAUCUACACCUUCAGAGGAGCCGUCAAUGCACUCAACACCGUUGACCACACACACAUCUUCUACCUGACGCAGAGCUUCCGGUUCGGUGCCGAGAUCGCCUACGUGGGCGCCACCAUCCUCGAAGUGUGCAAGGGAGUGCAGAAGAUUCUCGUGGGAGGGAAGCAAAGAGGCGGUGUGUGUGACGAGACUGCGGACGACGUCGGAGCGGCUCUGAAGGCGGGCGUCAGUCUUUGCCCGGGGAAGACGGCCAUCCUGUCGAGGUGCAACAUCAGUGUUUUCAGCGAAGCCGUCCGGCUCACCGACACCAACCCGCAGUGCCGGAUCCACUUCAUCGGAGGUGUCAACGGUAUCGGCCUGAACCGGAUCCUGGACAUCUGGCAGCUGAUGGAGGGGGCACAAUUCAUCAGGGAUCCGUUGAUCCGCUGCUUCGCCAAGAAAAAACCGAAUGCCUUCUGUGCCUUGAAGAAGUACGUCCAACAGACCGAGGACUUGGAGCUGGAAGCCAAACUCAACAUCGUUGAGAAAUACGGAAAGCGCAUCCCCGAGCUGGCGAAGCGGCUGGAAAGGUGCUUCGAAGAGAAUUUCCACAAAGCAGACUUCAUACUGGGAACUGUGCACAAGGCCAAAGGUCUGGAGUUCGACACCGUGAUGGUCACCGAUGACUUUGCCAAGAUUCCCCCCUCAAAGAACAACCGGCGCUUCUCGUUCUGUAAUAUUCCGGACGAUGAGUGGAACCUGCUGUAUGUGGCGGUGACUCGUGCCAAGAGCUCUCUGAUCAUCACCGAGUCCAUCCGCCGCAUCCUCACGGUGGCUGGGGAAUACUUCCUGAAGUCGGAGAUGCCCAGCACCUUGGCGGCGGCUGGUGAUCCGCUCCCGUGCUGCGUCUCACACUGCCCCAACUGCACCACGCCCGGCUCGGCGUUCAUCAUGUGCAAACGGGAGCUGAAAUGUUCCGACGGUGUGUCUGCCGGCGGCCCCUUGUGCGAGAGAUGCGUGUGGACGCGCAUCGGAUCGACGGCCUUCCUCAUGACAGACGACGUGCUCUCGAUGGCUGAAAUGCCACAAAUACUCGGCCAGCACGACCAACCCAUGCUCAUGGAGCUUUUCUAGCGCCGCUCGUCUUUAAGGACUACGAAGUAAACAACAAAAAACAUUUUUUGCGUUGAUGGGGUAAAAGGACUUUUAAUAGCCAAUAAUGUAACACUAGGUGUUCGCUGAUAACACUGAAACGGACUGAAAAUCGUGUGUGUGUGUGUGUGUGUGUGUGUGUUUUCUCUUUUUAAGUGAGCCAAAAGAAAUCGGAUGUUGUAAUAUCCAGUUGAGAUUCCUGUUUUAAAACACCUCCCAGAGGCCAUUAGUAGGACUGAGGUUUCAUUGGAGAGCACUGUAGGAUUGUGUGUUGAAUGUUAAAUAAA